AUGGGGAAACUGGAACAAGGCCAGCCGCUGAUGGCGAAACGGCCGUUCCGUUCGCCCCAUCAUACUAUUAGCGAAGCGGGACUGGUGGGCGGAGGCAGUCCGCCGUCGCCUGGUGAAAUCAGUCUUUCGCACAAUGGCGUGCUGUUUCUGGACGAAUUGCCCGAAUUCAACCGCAGAACGUUAGAACGACCCCAGACGCGAUUGCAAUUGCAGCAUUCCGCAAAUGAACGCUAUAUGGCCAAGAUCAGCGGACCACUGCUCGACCGAAUCGACGUCCACUUAGAAGUUCCUGCCGUUGAUUUCAAAGAACUCUCCAGUUCCGUUCCUGGGACUUCGACAGCGGAAAUGAACGAAAUGGUGACGUCAGCUCGGCGCCAUCAGUUAUCGCGUUUUGAAGACAGUCGAGUUCGCUGCAAUGGUCAGAUGAAUAGUCGCCAGAUUCGAAAAUUUUGUAAGCUGGACGGGCCAUCCGAAACGUUAUUGCACAAUACCGUCAACGAAAUGGGACUUUCCGCUCGAGCACACGACAAGAUUCUUCGCGUCGCACGGACUAUCGCUGAUAUCGAAGAUGCGCCGGAAAUCUUGAUCCAUCAUCUGUCCGAGGCGAUAAACUAUCGCAUCUUGGAUCGAGACAUGUGGAAAUAG